AUGGAUAUCGUACGCGACUGCGCCGGAGACGUUUUCGAGGGCAUCGAAAAUAUCGAGGAGGUCAUUGAUAAGCUGGAGCAUUUCUACACACGAUAUCUGGAGCUGACACUUGCAAAGUCCAGCAAAACAACAGGUCGAACUCGCACUUACCCGCACCGUCGAGGAAAGAUGUUGGAUGCUCACAGGGCCUUGCUUGCCGCCAAAGUCGAAGAGCUCUACGCCACCAACGGGAAACGGUGCAACAGCAACUGGACAGAUAUUAUGGCUUACGCCGAGUCUUUAAUGUGCCUCAAAGACGAUGACAUCGUGGGAGUGAGGCAGUACUUGCAAGACACCACCAGGAAGUUCACCCGUCAAGAGAAGCUCAACUCUGAUCCAAAUACCGGCAUUGGUAAUGCACCCAGGGCCAAUGGUGGCCGUUCCAAGUACCUCCAUCUCGAAAUCGCACUCUUCAGAGUGGCGAAGCUGCUGCACCCGGACCUCCUGCUGAACAUGCGCCAGGCUGAAGCCAUUGUCCGGGCCUGUAUCCAAAGGCUGGGCGGAAGCGCCUAUCAGGGGGUCGUUGACCUCGUUGACAUCCCCUCUUCCAAGUGGAUCGCCACCCUAUUCAGGUACGCAGGGUACCGGUGGCGACAGCAGGCUGCAGAGCGUGAUCAUGUUGACGUGAGGGCUGCUCUGAGAGGCACCAUUGCCUUGUGGCCAAUAAUCAAGAAUGUUCCGCUCAACCGUAUCUUCAAUGCCGACCAGACGAACUGCGAGUUGACGGGAUCUUUCAACAUCAAAUGUCUCACGAAGAAGGGGAGCGUCAGCAAGGACAGCGGGAGAGGCGGAGACUCUUUCACGCAAUUUUCUGUUGCAAACAUGGACGGCACCAAGAAAUCAGACUUUUUCCUGUAUGUCAGAGACCUUAUGGGUGAAGCCCUUCCAGACUUUCAGCUUCAUCUCAACGAGGUCAUCUCUCCAGCUCAAUCCAAGAAGUUCGAGGAGGAAGCCAAGGCAAAGUAUGCGUACUUUGGAGAUGAAAUCAAGACCCUGCGCGCAGCUCUGAAUGAGGCGGUAAAGGAAGUUAAUGCCACCGAAAAAGUUGUGACAGCUCGUGCCAAUGAGCUGAAAGCCGUGGAGAAUGUGAUCGGGAAAGAGGCGGCAGUGAAGAACAGGGAGGAAAAGGCAAGGGAGAACGCGGAGAAGAAGGCGCAAUCAAAGAAGAAGGCGGCGGAGAGGGCGGCGAGACUUUUGGAAGAAAAGAAGGCCAAAGCUGCGGCCCGGGAAGUGAAACGAUUGGCUCAAAUCAACAAGAAGAGAGAAGAGGCUGAGGCGCGACUCAGGAAAAAGGGAAAGACGAUGGUUCGGGAAGAAGUUGCUACGAGUGGCCAAGGUAUCGAUUCUGCCACUUGUUCUCUCUCUGACGUUCAGCCAGUCGCAAUUUGUUCUCUAUCUGAGAACGUUCUGCCAGCCGCCUCCACUUGUUCUUCAUCUGAUGUUCAGCCAGCCGUCCCUCAGCAGCCCCUCAGCCAGCCCCUCAGCUAG